CUCGCUGCGCUCCGAUCACUGCUGCAACUUUUGCAGAGACUCCUCACUCCACAGACAUGUCGCACAAUAGCUGAAGUAAACCUGUCACCGCGGCUCAUCGUUCGGGCCACCGCAGGUAACGCCGCCCGCAGGUGAGGAUCUCCAGACGCGCAGCCCGGCCGCUCCUCCUCCGCCUUCCUCGCUUCGGACCCCAGGAUUUUUUUCCUCAUAUAUAUAUAUAAAAAAACCAACACGGCUUGGAUAUGAAUUAUGAGCAUUUUCUCCACUAAUGAACCGGGCCAGUAAUGCAGGAGACCGCGGCGACCCCCUCAUCAGCUUUUCAAGAUGGCAGAUUUUUAUUGAGUUUUGACCGAAAAGCUCGCUUUAUUCUUUGCCAUGCAUAACAGGAAUCCUUGCACCGAUGGCCCCUGUAUACGAAGGUAUGGCCUCGCAAGUGCAAGUGUUCUCCCCUCACACUCUCCAGUCAAGUGCCUUCUUUAGCGUCAAAAAACUCAAGGUGGAGCAGAGCUGUAACUGGGAUAUGACAGGGUACGGCACACACAGCAAAGUCUACAGCUACAACAGCAGCAAGAACGUCUCGGCCACCGGCGGCGCCCCCAUCGGCAUCAACAGCUCCCUGCAGGUCGCCAGCUCCACCCUGCCCUACGAGCAGGCCCUCAUCUUCCCAGCCAGCGCCGGCCACAUCGUGGUCGCCUCGGCCAGCAGCACCUCGGGGGCCGUCGGGUCUCUGCUGGGCGGCAGCGGUGGAGGCAACAGCAGCGGCAGCAACAGCAGCGGCAGCGGCGGCGGCGUUCACAACCUGACGCGCCGCAGCACGGUCAGCCUCCUGGACACCUACCAGCGAUGCGGGCUCAAGCGCAAGAGUGAAGAGCUCGACAACAACAGCAGCGUGCAGAUCAUCGAGGAGCACGGCCCGGCCAUGAUCCAGAACGGAGGAACGGGCGGAGCCACGGCGGCCACGGCGGCCACCGCCACCUCCACGGCCACGUCCAAAAACAGCGGCUCCAACAGCGAGGGCGAUUACCAGCUGGUCCAGCACGAGGUGCUCUGCUCCAUGACCAACACCUACGAGGUGCUGGAGUUCCUGGGCAGAGGAACCUUUGGGCAGGUGGUUAAGUGUUGGAAGAGGGGAACCAAUGAGAUCGUGGCCAUCAAGAUCCUAAAGAACCACCCAUCGUACGCACGGCAGGGGCAGAUCGAGGUCAGCAUCCUGGCGCGCCUCAGCACGGAGAGCGCAGACGACUACAACUUUGUGAGAGCCUACGAGUGCUUCCAGCACAAGAACCACACGUGCCUGGUGUUUGAGAUGUUGGAGCAGAACCUCUACGACUUCCUCAAGCAGAACAAGUUCAGCCCUCUGCCGCUCAAGUACAUCAGACCCGUGCUGCAGCAGGUGGCCACGGCGCUGAUGAAGCUCAAGAGCCUGGGGCUGAUCCACGCCGACCUGAAGCCAGAGAACAUCAUGCUGGUGGAUCCUUCGCGUCAGCCCUACAGGGUGAAGGUGAUCGACUUCGGCUCGGCCAGCCACGUGUCCAAAGCUGUGUGCUCCACCUAUCUCCAGUCCAGAUACUACAGGGCUCCAGAGAUCAUCCUCGGCCUGCCGUUCUGUGAGGCCAUAGACAUGUGGUCGCUGGGUUGUGUAAUAGCCGAGCUCUUUCUGGGAUGGCCCCUCUACCCCGGAGCGUCGGAGUACGAUCAGAUCCGGUACAUCUCGCAGACGCAGGGUCUUCCGGCGGAGUAUCUGUUGAGCGCAGGGACAAAGACCACCAGGUUCUUCAACAGAGACCCAGACUCCACCUAUCCUCUCUGGAGAUUAAAGACGCCGGAAGACCACGAGGCGGAGACGGGGAUUAAGUCCAAGGAGGCUCGCAAGUAUAUCUUCAACUGCUUGGAUGAUAUGGCACAGGUAAACAUGACAUCAGAUCUGGAGGGGAGCGACAUGCUGGCAGAAAAGGCGGACCGGAGGGAGUUCAUCGACCUGUUGACCAAGAUGCUCACCAUCGACGCCGACAAGAGGAUCACCCCCAUCGAAACACUCAACCACCCCUUCGUCACCAUGUCGCAUCUCCUCGAUUUCCCCCACAGCACACAUGUAAAGUCUUGCUUCCAAAACAUGGAGAUCUGCAAGCGUCGCGUCAACAUGUACGACACAGUCAACCAGAGCAAAACACCCUUUAUCACCCAUGUGGCCCCCACCACCUCCACCAACCUCACCAUGACCUUCAACAACCAGCUGAACACUGUGCACAGCCAGGCCACCAACCUGGCUCCCUCCUCCACCAACAAUGCCACCCUUUCCUUUGCAAGUCCUGAUGUCUCCAUACUAAACUACCAAUCUGCACUCUACCAGCCCUCUGCUGCCUCCAUGGCGGCCGUGGCCCAGAGGAGCAUGCCGCUGCAGCCGGGGGCGCCGCAGCUCUGCGCCGCUCGGCCCGACCCGUUCCAGCAGGCGCUCAUAGUCUGCCCACCAGGAUUCCAAGGUUUGCAGGCGUCCCCCUCCAAGCACACCAGUUACUCUGUGAGGAUGGAGAACGCCGUACCCAUAGUGACGCAGGCCCCCGGUGCCCAACCUCUGCAGAUUCAACCUGGCCUCCUUACACAGCAGGCCUGGCCCAGCGGCACCCAGCAGAUCCUGCUGCCCCCGGCGUGGCAGCAGCUCACCCACACCUCAGUCCAACACGCCACCGUCAUCCCAGACUCCAUGAGCAGCACGCAGACUCUCGCCAACUGGAGGAAUUCCCACCCCCAUGGCGGCCAUUACAAUCCCAUCAUGCAGCAGCCAGCCCUGCUGACCGGUCACGUCACGCUCCCAUCCAACCAGACCCUCAACGUAGGCGUGGCGCAUGUCAUGAGGCAGCCGUCCACCAAUAACAACUCCUCUUCCAAAAAGACCAAACAGCACCAGAUGUCCACCAGGAACGUGUCAAACUACGAGGUAUCGUCCUCGCAGGUGGUGCUGUCGCCGCAGCGGUCGAAGCGGGUGAAGGAGAACACGCCGCCUCGCUGCGCCGUGCUGCAGAACGGGUCGGGGUCCAACUGCCCGCCCGCGCAGGGCUUCGCCGGAGGAGGGUGGGGGCCGCACCAGGCGGAGCAGGCUUCCAGCACCACCCGCGACCACCAGCACCACGUCCCCCGACAGACCAUCGUCAUCCCCGACACGCCCAGCCCGGCCGUCAGCAUCAUCACCAUCAGCAGCGACUCCGACGAAGAGGACGACCAGAAACAGAACAACGGCUCAUCUUCCAAACACAGAAAGAACGUCAUUAGUUGCGUGACGGUCCACGAUUCUCCAGAGUCGGACUGCUCCAGCCACAACAGCCCCUACGACCUGGAGUCCAGACCCCACAACAACAACAACAACAACAGCUACGACACAAAAACCACCAUCCUGGACAACUACAACAACGGGAACCUGCGCACAAUCAUCAUCCCUCCUCUGAAAACGCAGAGCAGCGAGGGGCCCAACGAAUGCGAGCGGCUGAUGCCAGAUUUAAUGAAUCAUCAGAAUACCGGCUACAAGUAUAAAUCCUCCAAUGGGGUAUCAUCGGGCAAUAACCACCUACCAGGGGGCGCGGCCGGGGGCGUGGCCUACCGGCAGCAGCGCUCGGGUCCGCACCACCUUCAGCAGCAGCCUCUCAAUCUCAGCCAGGCUCAGCAGCACAUGGUGGCCGAGCGAAACGGCGCACACCACCGGCGGCAGCAGGCCUACAUCGCCCCCAACAUCGCCACCCAAGCGCCGUACUCCUUCCAUCACAACAGCCCCUCCCACACGGGCAACGUUCACCCACACCUGGCCGCCACACACCUGUCCAGCCAGCCACACCUGUACACCUACACGGCGCCCGCCGCCCUGGGCUCCACCGGCACCGUCGCCCACCUGGUGGCGUCGCAGGGCUCGGCGCGCCACGCGGUCCAGCACGGGAGCUACCCCCCCAGCAUCGUCCACCAGGUCCCCGUCAGCGUGAGCCACCGCGUGCUGCCCUCGCCCACCCUGCAUCACGGCCAGUACCAGGCCCAGUUCGCCCACCAGGCCUACAUCAGCGCCUCGCCCGCCUCCACCGUCUACGCCGGGUACCCCCUGAGCCCCACCAAGGUCAACCAGUAUCCUUACCUCUAGGGACGGGCGGGGCUGACGCUGACUGGGUGGGUGGGGGGGGCGCCGCUCCCUUCAUCUUCCAUCCCACCGACAUCCUCUCCUCUCCUCGACCUCAGACAUGAACAGAGACAGGGGAACAUGCAAUCCUCAUGAAGCUGUCAUGUGUAACUUGAAGAAGGAAAGACUGACACAGAAAGAAAAAAAUGUGACUCGGAUCCUCUUGGGAAGAGAAAGAUGGCGACAGUUUUUCUUCUUUUGAUGAUUUUUCCCCCAGAAAAGAGCCAGUUUUUUUUUUUCUUGCUUUUAUUUGCGUCCUCUUCUCUUCUCUUUGCUUUACUUUUGUGGGGAAAAAAAAGGAGAAAAAAGCGACGUCUCAUUAGUUUUACUGGGUUGUUUGAGGACGGCGAACGUUUUCUGAUUUAUUUCAUUUGUUUCCCUUCCUUCUCCCCCCCACCCCUGCCUAAUAUAUUUGGGAAGUGACUCUUGAACAGGGGUUACAUUGACUGGAAGUUUGAAUUCCCAACAGAUUUGGGACAAGGUGAAAUACGGAAACCUGCUGCUCUUCAAAGAAAAAAAAAAAAAAAAAAACAUACUGAUGGCCUUGAACUGUCUUAGUAUUUCCAAAUCAAUCGUGGCGUGGGGAGAAAACGAAGAGAGGAAACUCCACCCGCUCCACCUUCUCCAGCAGAGGAGGGACCUGGAAAUCUAACCAACAGGAGACAACAGAUCUUUUAGUGUAUUUAUAGAUAUUUUUCUUCCUUUGUUUUUCCACCUUUACGAUGCUUCAGUUUAUCUAAGUGUCUUAGCCGGGCCCCCGUGUAUAGAAUGUAGCAGUAUGCACCUGUUUUUAUUCCUUUCUUUCUUUUAUUCCCUUGAUACCAAUAGACUUAUUCGUCGUCCUUUCUUUUCCUCAAUGUGAUUGCACAAAGUGGUUAUAAUAACAUAGGCAUGUACAAACGUGAUUGUCUGUGUGCGCUACUGUCAGCCAUGCGUGUGUCGUUCAUCUGCGCAGGAUCCUCCUCGGUCUUUAGAUGUCGAUUGUCGUUUCCCUCGUAGUGCCUUACAGAUUUACCGACAGUUUACUCGGCUUGGGUCCCCGAAAGCCGCGAGAGACUACCGCUAUACUUAGAGAGACACGUUUCCCUGCUUCGACAUCCUAAUCAGGGCACUUGUAGCUUUCUUCCAGGUGUAGGCUCAGCCCUCGCUGUUUCUAGCCCAUAAUGACAGCGUGCCGUAGAUGAUGAAGAUUAACGUCAGAGCAGAAAUCACGCUGAGCUUCUUUCUUUUUUCUUUUUUUUUUUUACUGUGUGUGCAUGAGAUGACUUGCCUGGGGUACUUACCAAAGUCGUAGAUAAAUUCUUGUUACAUUUCACUCUGGAGAGUGAUGUAAAUAUAUAUGAAGAUAAAUGUGGAGUGAAGCUGUAGCUGCAAACCGGAAAAUGUGGCUUUAGUUUGGCUUUUAUUUGUUAAAGCGUGCAUCUCGAUUAGUGAGCGCAAACGUUGUCGUUUCGUCUUCAUGCUUACAGGAGAACGUUUGAGGCACGACGGAGUUCAAUGAAUUAAGAUAUGUUCCGCUAUUAUUUAUUUUGCUAAUUUAAUUUCUAGCUUGUGUUGAAAAGUUAUUUAAUUCUGAUGAUUAUGGCUCGCAGCUGAUGAAAACCCAAAACUCAGUCUUAUUAUGCUGCAAAAUCUGAAUAUUACGUAAGAGCAAUAAAAAACAUAGACAGAAAUGUUGUGUAAUGUCCGAGCAGAAGACUGGAAAGUUCAGUGGAAGGAAAACGCCUUUAAACCAGUUAUGUGCAGUGUUAGAAAAUAAAAUCAGCAACCCUAAAUAAACGUUUCACUCGCUAAAAUGCAGUGAACCGGGUCCUCUAAAUAAUUACUGACUAUGAAAACCAAAAAAUCUGAUUCUGUGUUUCUCCCAUCUAUGGCUGGA